CAGGCGUGGUUCAAAUGCGGAAGGUUUCAUUCUAAUGUCAGUUCCCUAAACUAAUAGACUCGUAUGGAAAUCCUCUAGAGGUGUCUCUCGGGGACCGUUUUAUCUCAUGGGGGAAUGUUUGAGUAAAACUUGCCCAUGUCUUAAGACAUGUUGGGACAGAAUAUGCGGAUCCUCAGCGGGCGAUGGAGAAAACAGCAUGAAAACUGACAGUGACUGUAUCGAAGGACCCGGUAAUACAGAUACUGAUCGUUACACGCAGCCUCAGCCUCAGCCACAUCCACCUCCACCUCAGCCUACGAGUCCGAAGAGUGCUGUUUAUACUGCUCUAUGGGACUUCGAGGCACGCGACGGACAGGAGUUGUCGUUCAAAUCUGGUGAUAUGUUCGAGAUUGUCAACAAUUCCGGUGACUGGUGGAGUGCGAAGAAAAUCGACUCAUUCGACAGUGUGACCACCGGCUUGGUUCCGUUCAAUUAUAUGGCGCGAGCGGAAUCCGUUGAGUCUCAACCGUGGUUUUUUGGAAAGAUGAGCCGUUUUGAAGCAUUGAGUCACCUCAUGUUUGCAGGAAAUAAUAAUGGAUCCUUCCUUGUACGAAUCAGUGAGACUGACAGCACAGGCUUUGUGAUCUCAGUGAAGACACAGGACAAAGCAAAACACUUCAAGAUCUACCAGUCUGGUGGAAAGUUCUAUGUGGAUCCAUCUCCUACAUUCGCCAGUGUAUUAGAGGUGGUUGAAUAUUAUCAAACUCACCCAUUCUCCACUUCAGACCAACUGAAGCGACCCUGUAUUCGGAAAAAGCCCCGGCCUGAGAAUCUGCCACCCUCCACAGUCGAUGAAUGGGAAGUCCCUAAAGAACAACUUAACUUAGUGAAGCUGCUGGGCAGUGGCCACUUUGCUGAAGUUUACAGCGGCACGUGGAAGAAUCACACUAAAGUGGCCAUCAAAAUCCUCAAGAACAAUGAUGCUCUGAAUCAGAAGGACUUUCAGUUGGAGGUACAGAUCAUGAAGCGUCUGCGUCAUAGGCACCUGAUUUCUCUCUUUGCCGUCUGCUCUUCCUCUGCCCCGUUUUACAUCAUCACCGAACUAAUAGAGAAGGGCGAUCUGCUUAAUUUCCUCAGAAGUCAAGAUGAUAUGGCAUUGAACAUGGAGUCUCUGAUCGACAUGGCAGCUCAAGUAGCAGAUGGGAUGGUAUAUUUAGAGGCACAUAACAGUAUUCAUAGAGACCUUGCUGCAAGAAAUGUCCUAGUCGGAGAGGGAAACGUCUGCAAAAUUGGUGAUUUUGGCCUAGCUCGAGUCAUUAAGGAGCCUGUUUAUAUAUCUGAUGACAAGAAAAUACCAUAUAAAUGGACCGCACCUGAGGCUAUCAGUCAUGGCCGUUACUCAACUAAAUCUGAUGUCUGGUCAUUUGGGAUUCUCCUUUAUGAGAUUGUCACACAUGGAGCCAUCCCUUACCCAGGUGUUCACAAUGCUGAGGUGUAUGAUCUCGUCACAAGACAACACUAUAGAAUGCCUUCACCAGCCAAUUGUCCACAGAUCAUUUAUAACAUCAUGCGAUCUUGCUGGAGAGCAGAACCAGAGGACCGUCCCACUUUUGAGAAUCUGAAGCAUGAACUAAACAACUAUCAAGACAGCGUCUGUAGUUAUUCGGGUAAACUGCACAGUUAGGUUCCACUCCUUGCAAACAUCCU